AUGCAGGAGAUCAAAGAUAUGAAAAGAGGAAACAUAACCUCCAUGAUGGGUUUUACCCUUCUUGGACUUUUCCCAGGCACAAGAUACCUGGAAUUCCUCGUCUACACAAUAUUCCUCAUGUACAUCAUUGCCAUCACUGCAAACACCAUUCUGGUCCUUCUCCUCUCUCUGGAUCCCCAACUCCAGAGCCCCAUGUACUUCCUGCUCAGUCAGCUCUCCCUCAUGGACAUCUCCCUCAUCUCCACCACUAUCCCCAAGAUGCUAACCAACUUUUUCUCAGGCACAACAGAUAUUUCAUAUAUUGCCUGUGGGACACAGGUCUAUUUGUAUAUUUCCCUUGCAGGGAGUGAAUGUAUUCUGCUCACCCUGAUGGCCUAUGAUCGCUAUGUGGCUAUUUGCAACCCCCUGAGGUAUGUGACCACCAUGAAUUCUCAUGUAUGCCUGCAGAUGGCCAUUGUGUCCUGGGUUGGCGGAGCAAUUAAUUCCCUACUUCAAACCACAUAUUCCAUGCAUUUUCCUAGAUGUGGCUCCAGAGAAAUCCAUCAUUUCUUCUGUGAGAUACAGGCUGUUCUCAAGUUGGCAUGUGAGGACACAUCAGUUUAUGAGAAAGUAGUGUCAGUGAUGGGAAUUAUAUUUCUUCUCAUACCCUUCGGCCUCAUCCUCACUUCCUAUACUCUCAUCUUUCUUAGUGUUCUCCAUGUAAAUUCUCCCAAGGGGAGAAAUAGAGCUCUCGCUACAUGUUCUUCCCAUCUGAUGGUGGUGUUUCUCUACUUUGGUCCAACUAUGGUCAUCUAUUUGACGCCCAGUGCCUUGCACUCCUCAGAACAAGACCAGAGUGUCUCAGUAUUCUAUACCAUCCUCACCCCCAUGUUGAACCCUCUGAUAUACAGUCUAAGGAACAAAGAUGUUGGAAAGGCUCUGAGAAAAAUAUAUGCAAAAAUUCAUCAUAAUUAG